AUGUCGUAUUCUCAUCCUUCUAAUUAGAAAAGUCCAUACUAUUUAUAACCUGAUUUCCAACAGUCGAAUUAAUUAUAAUUACAGCAAGGGCCAAUGUACUAAUAACCUCAGGUUUAUUAAUAAUAUUAGGAAGGCUAUCCUCCUCAAACAGGAAUCUAACCAAUUUAAAAUGGAGGAAAUCCUCAUAAUUAUGUAGUUGUGUAACCACCUUAAUAUGUAGCGUAUCCACAAUAUUAAGGAUAUCCUCCUACAACUUAUAAUCAAGGCAUCCAUCCUCUUUAGCUCACUUCUUAAUAAGAAAGAAAUUUUAGGUUUUUUAUUUUCCUAUUUUAGUUUUAAAAAUUUAUUCAAUGGAGGAAUUAUAGCGAAUAAUAAUAUAUGUAUAUACUGUUUUCAACCAUAUACACUUAUCUUAUAAAGAAAAAUAGGAGGAUAAGUUUUCAUAGCCUUUCUAUUACUUUUAAUCUUUUUUUGGCCAUUGUGUUGGUUGCCAUUUGUCAUGAAGGAGUGUUAAGAUAAAUACUAUUACUGUUCAUAAUGUGGAAAAUUAAUUUAUAAAAGAUAAUAUACAAUGAGCGAUUGA